AAAUUUUACAAGUUUUUAAGAACUGACUGGUAAGGUAAAAUUCAGGGCGUAAAUAUCAGCAUCUGUCUUCCAAGAAGCAGUUAACACAGAGAGCUUAACAAUGUCUAUAGUAGUUUCCAAAUCGCUUCCAUCAGUUUCUCCUUCGAUUCCCAAUAUUCACUUUUCCACGUUCUCUUCACCAUCUUCUUCAAGAAGUCGUUUAAUUCUGAGACAAUAUCAAUGCCACCACCUCCCUUUUCCCCUUUGUUUUAGAACUUUUCAUAGAUGCCCAAUUCGCUGCUGUUCUUCCUCCUCCUCUAUGGCUCUUCAUGAAGUUUCCGGUUCCACUCCCACUUCUGAGUUGCAAGAUUGCUUGUUGUACUCGAGGGCCUUCUGGGUUACAAAAUCUAUAAUUGCAUGGAAUGUAGAUGUUGGAACUGAUGGUUCUUGCUUUUUGUAUGCUAGUCAGAAUGCUGCAUUAUCCAUUACUGAAUCUGGCGUACAAGGCCAUGACGUGAAAUUUAAGCUUGAGCAAGAUGAUGGUGGGCUUCCAGAAAAAGUAGUUGCAAAAUUUCCUCAUAUUCGGGGUUAUAGAGCUUUCAAAGUGCCGCCUUUUGUUGAUACCAUAUCUCUUCUCAAAUGCCAAUUAGCAGUUGCAGCAUUUAACUUUGAUGGAAAGUGCAGCAAUGCUACUGGUCUGCAGUUACCAGGUAUUUUGGAUGAAUUGUUCUCAUAUGAUGGUCCCCUUGGCGCACAUUUUGCCAAAGAUGCUGUAUCCCUUUAUCUUUGGGCUCCCACUGCUCAAGCAGUUCGGCUAUGCAUUUAUAAGGAUUCGUUUACCAGCAAUCCUACAGAAACUGUUCAGCUCAUGGAGGUUAAUGGAGUUUGGAGUACUAAAGGGCCAAAAGAUUGGGAAGGUUGUUAUUAUGUGUAUGAAGUAUCAGUCUACCAUCCAUCCACCUUACACAUUGAAAAAUACUUUGCAAAUGAUCCAUAUGCUAGAGGGCUCUCAUCAGAUGGCAAGCGGACAUUAUUGGUGAAUCUUGAUUCUGAUACUUUAAAACCUGAAAGAUGGGACAUAUUAGCAGAUGAAAAACCCACUUUACUUUCUUUCUCUGACAUAAGUAUUUAUGAGUUGCAUAUAAGAGAUUUUAGUGCCAAUGAUGAUACUGUGCAUUCUGACCUUCGGGGUGGCUAUCUAGCCUUCACUGUAGAGGAUUCAGCAGGUGUACUUCAUCUAAAGAAAUUAUCAAGUGCUGGCCUUACUCAUGUUCAUUUGCUUCCAGCCUUUCAAUUUGCUGGUGUUGACGAUGUAAGGGAGAACUGGAAGUCUGUAGAUAACAGCAUGCUAGAAAAAUUACCGCCAGAUUCAGCUGAGCAACAAGCUCAUAUUACUGCAUUCCAAAAUGAUGAUGGGUAUAAUUGGGGGUAUAAUCCUGUCCUAUGGGGGGUCCCUAAAGGAAGUUAUGCAAGUAAUCCAAAUGGUUCUUGCCGCACCAUUGAGUUCAGAAAGAUGGUUCAGGCAAUUAACCGCAUUGGUCUCCGGGUUGUGUUGGAUGUUGUCUACAAUCAUUUGCAUGGAAGUGGGCCUUUUGAUGAGAAUUCUGUUCUUGAUAAGGUUGUUCCAGGUUAUUAUUUACGAAGGAACAGUGAUGGCUUUAUAGAAAAUAGUACAUGUGUGAACAACACUGCCAGUGAGCAUUAUAUGGUUGAGCGCUUGAUCGUUGAUGAUCUUUUAAGCUGGGCAGUUAACUACAAGAUUGAUGGAUUCCGGUUUGACCUUAUGGGCCAUAUGAUGAAAAGUACAAUGGUGAAAGCAAAAGAUGCACUGCUCAGCCUAACAAAGGAAAGGAAUGGAGUUGAUGGUUCAAGUAUCUACUUAUAUGGUGAAGGUUGGGACUUUGGUGAGGUUGCUAAAAAUGCUCGUGGAAUAAAUGCUUCCCAGUUCAAUCUUGGUGGAACUGGAAUUGGGAGUUUUAAUGAUCGAAUACGCGAUGCGAUGCAUGGUGGAUCCCCAUUUGGCCAUCCUCUUCAGCAAGGAUUUGUGACUGGUCUUAUGUUGCAGCCUAAUGGUCAUGACCAUGGAGGAAAAGAUGUUGAAGAACACAUGCUUACGAUAGCGAAGGAUCACAUCCAGGCUGGGAUGGCUGCAAAUUUGAGGGAGUUUGUUCUAAUCAAUAGCGAAGGGAAAGAGGUGAAAGGAUCAGAAAUUUUGACUUAUGGUGGAGAACCCCUUGCGUAUGCUUUAUGUCCUACUGAAACAAUUAAUUAUGUUUCUGCUCAUGACAAUGAAACGCUGUUCGACGUUGUGUGCAUGAAGACUCCUAUGCAAAUAUCUGUGGAUGAGAGAUGCAGAUUAAAUUAUUUGGCAACGAAUAUGAUAGCAUUAGCACAGGGAAUACCAUUUUUUCAUGCUGGCGAUGAAAUGCUACGUUCAAAAUCGCUUGAUCGUGAUUCAUACAACUCUGGAGACUGGUUCAACAGACUAGAUUUCUCGUACAAUUCUAACAAUUGGGGUGUUGGCCUUCCACCAAAAGGGAAAAAUGAAGGAAACUGGCCAUUAAUGAAACCCAGAUUAGCAGAUCCAUCCUUCAAGCCUCAAAAAUCUCACAUCCUUGCUACUGUUGACAAUUUUUUAGAUGUAUUACAAAUUCGAUAUUCUUCUCCACUUUUCCGUUUGACAACAGCUAAUGCCAUCCAGGAGCGAGUAAGGUUUCAUAAUACCGGUCCUUCAUGGGUCCCUGGCGUCAUAGUUAUGAGCAUUGAAGACGGUCAUGAAGGUUUCCCCGGGUUAUCUCAGCUGGAUCCCAUCUACUCGUACAUCGUGGUUAUAUUCAACACUUGUCCCAAUGAGAUAUUGUUUGCCUGCCCUCCGUUGCGUGCAAGAGGCUUUCAGCUACAUCCUGUUCAGGUUAAGUCGACUGACAAAGUUGUGAAGAAAUCUGCAUAUGAGCCAUUGUCGGGGUGUUUCACUGUUCCACCAAUGACAACAUCUGUGUUUGUUGAGCCUAGGAAAAUUUAAUGAUUCUUCUUUGUUUUUCAGAUAAGAUGGUCUGUUGAUGAUCUUGUGAAUAUUCUCAACUUCCCUUACCCUAAUAAAGAGCCUUACUAUAUAAAGGCAAGUCAAGGCACAAUGAUCUGCAGUGCCUAUGCUAUGAACUGCAAAUAAAAUUGCCAAAAGGUUUGAGGAAAUAAUGGAUAAAGAUUCAUUAUAUUUGAAAUAUAUUUUUUAAGAUAAGAGAAGUCUGAGAGAAUCAUUUCAACUGUUACCUGUGAGUAAACUAGAACAUGAACAUCAUUUAAUAUAAUAAUGCACUCAGAAUUGAAUUUUAU